GCGCAGAAUAUUUAGGCGAAAGCGCGAGGAGGGGGGAGAGCGGGGCAGGAGGAGUACCUCGGCUGAGAAAAUUAUGCAUGCGUUAGGGAAGCUCUAGGAGAAUGGCUGUGGAAGCUCUCCACUGUGGCUUGAAUCCACGGGGUAUUGAUCACCCUGCCCGUGCCGAAGGUAUUAAGCUACAGAUCGAAGGUGAAGGUGUUGAAUCUCAAUCCAUUAAAAACAAAAAUUUUCAGAAGGUGCUUGACCAAAAAGGAACCCCCAAGCGACUGCCAGCAGAAGCUGAGACUGCUAAGUCGGCCACGGUGAAGCUGUCAAAACCAGUAGCUCUGUGGACUCAGCAGGAUGUGUGCAAGUGGUUGAAGAAACAUUGUCCGAAUCAGUAUCAGAUCUACAGUGAGUCAUUCAAACAGCAUGACAUAACUGGGCGAGCCCUGCUGAGACUCACUGACAAAAAGCUUGAGCGGAUGGGGAUUGCCCAGGAAAACCUCCGGCAGCACAUCUUACAACAGGUGCUCCAGCUGAAGGUGCGAGAAGAAGUCAGAAACCUACAGUUACUCACACAAGCCUCAACCGAGGGUUCUCCAUAAACGUGGUUAGCCUUCCAAGCUGCUGUCCUGCCAGUUGAUAUGAACAUGGCCUGUUCCUCACAGAAAGACUAACUCAUGGCACCUGCCAGAAGAUAUCCAUGGAGCAUUGACAGAUUAACCAGAUUAACUGAAAAAACAACAAAAAACAAAAAACAAAACCACCCAUUCAGUCAAGAUGAUGACUUUGGAAAAAUCUUAGUUUGCUGUGGAUUUUAAAAUGAGGUGCAUAAUAUACAGUGCCAACUUGUUCCAAGUGGUCAUUGGCAGACCGUUAGCUGGAAAAUUGCUUCCAGUUUUCAUCACUGUGCAUAACUCAAGCUCCCUUUGGGGAGCUGUCUGUGCCCUUCACUAGAAGUCCUAUUUUAGCAUGGCAACUACUGGAUUAUUUUAUUAUGUGUGCAGAUGGCAUGAUGUGUUAGAAAAAAAUCACAGCAGUUCUGCAAUGUCAGUGGAAGUGUUCAUGAUACUCUGCCCUGGUAGGAAUGUAAACAUGUCUUGGUUAUGUUAGUUAUGAUGUCUAAAGGUAUUCUGUCCAACUCUUAAGCACUUUAUAUGAGAAAACUACACCAAAACAAAUCGGCACGUUCCGUACAUGUGGAAAACAAGUAUCCUCUCUUUUCUUUUAUAAAUCUUGUCCUCUUUCUGGCUCAGACUGUCCAAGACGAACUCCACUCCUAGCGUAUCCCAGUCAUUUGUGGUAGAUUGGUGUAUAUAUGGCCACAAUACUGUUAGGCUUAAUCUGUUGACACUUUACUGAACCAAUUGGAUUUCUUGUAGCGCCAAAGGGAAGGAGAAGUGGGCUGGUGGUUGAAACAUCUUAGUUUUUGGUUCAUGGCACCCAGACACAACUUAGCACAUGCACAUACAGAUAAACACAAGAGGCUUGUAUGUGGCCAGUGUAUAUAUUCUCUCCUUCUAUAGAAGAAUGUUUUCAAGAAAAAAAGGAGGUGACCGUUUAAUCAAAGACCAUCGUAGGUUGAGGAUAAAGGUAGCAGAAUGCAGGUUUCCUGUGUGGUCUGACUUUACAACUUGAGGAAACUUUCUACGUCAAGUUUAAGUCACAGCUCUCUAAAGAGGAAAAACAGCAAGUGUCCCCUGCGUGCCUAAAGAAGGAAAAGGACCCAAUCUACAUUAGGUUCUUACCUCAGUAAAGAACCUACCAGUCCCUUUUUAAUCUUUUCUGGGAUUAUAUCCACAAUUAAUUUUUUUUUUUUUUUUUUUUUACGAUGUCUUACAGCAAAGCACAGUCCUGGGAAACUGGUCAACCCACUUAUUGCUAUUGCUUGUCUUUGGGCAUUAAAGAAAUGUCCAUAUUGACUGACCUUAUGUAAUGCUUUAGCUUUUUUUCCCCUGAAAAUAUAAAUUUGGCUGAAUCAAAAAUUCAGCAAAUAUGUUCUGUAUACCCACAAUCCCAGUCAGGGACUGAUAGGCACUGGAGACUUUUCUUUAAAUAUAUAUAACAGCCCUGGGACCCUGCCAACACAAGGAAGUUUGGCAUUUUAGGGGGUCUCCAUGCACCCACUCAUGGUCUGCUCUCCCCCGGGGAUCUCAGGAAAUGCACAGCACUUUGGAAAGUGCUCCCUCCACCCCCACCCCACUGAGAUUUGGAAAGCUGACAGGGGAAGGGAAAGGAGUCAAAUGUGAAUCAGGUGAGUCACCUUAUAGGAUGACUCACCACAACCUGUCAGGCUGUAUUGCCAAAAAAGGGGGCUUCCGAGAGGGAACUCAGGAGUUUCAGUCACCAAGUUCUGGCCUCUCAGUGGGUCAGCACCAGGACCACCAGACUCUCACAGGCCCUAAUUCUUCAUAAUCCAGAAUUAGGUGGCCAAACCCUGUUGCCAAUGCCCCCCAGGGAGAACAUUCCAGUCUCUACUGCCCACCUCUUGAAUUUCACUUCUAACAGCAGGGCUUCCUCCUUCUUUCAUUCUUUCCUUUAUUCAGCACAUGUUUGUUGAGCACCUACUAUGUGCCAAACAUUGUGUUGGGGGUAACAACAGGGUACAAGGCAGGCUCUCCAUGACCUUCUGAGACAGUAUCUCCUCCUCCAAAACACGGUCCCUGUCCCAGCUUUUCCACAAUGAAAACAGAAUUCAGCCAGCACCCCUCCUUCCAGAGCAACCUCAGAAAAUGCUCAUGGCAGCAGGCAGCUCCUUUGCCUGAGGAAGUAGACUGGAGAAAGAGGUAGUAGACAGCACACGGCCGCAUAUUUGUAUCCUUGUGCACAGCCAGCCCUUCCAGGGCCUGGACUUUGCUGGUUAGAGCUUCCCCAAAGCAGCUUUUAGUUCUGUUCCUUGAUACUUACCCUGAUUGUCUGUAUUCCCAUCCUUUACGUAGGCACAACCAUUGAUCAUUAUGCUGGAUUCUCUAAAGCCCAAUUCUAAACUUAGUCCUGGGGACACAGAAGAGGACCUGCUGAAUCCAAAAGAACUGCCAGCUGCUGGGAUACUGUAGCUGGGAAUUAACUGGUUUAUUAAUUCAGGAUCAUUCGGAGACUUAUGGCUAACAACCUUGGAAAGCUGGACAUGUCUUAUGGUGCAGGUGGUCAUCAAGUGAUGCUGGUUCAUCCUUACCUUGGAUUUUGCAAAAUAUGUCCUGAACAAUUACAUAAGUAGAGUUUCCUAGCUUUUCUUUCCAGUCAAAAGUGUGCUGACAAACUAUUAAAAGGUAAUGGCUAAGGGUGGAGAUGGGAAAAGGCAUAAGUGGAGUCAAUGAAAGAACCCAGGUGAAAAUGGCUUCUCAAUAAAUGCCUUAAUUCCUGGCGUACCAUGUAUUUGCAUAGGAACUGCGACUGUUUUCCAAACUGUCAGUCUCAUUUUGAAAUCUUUUGCGGGGAUCGUUUUGGGAACACGGAAGCAUAAAAUCUGAGCAGUCACUUGCUAAGCCAGCAAAAUGGAGAAACGACUUCAUUCGCAGCCUUUGGGUUCUUUGUUCCAUGUUGAGCCACAAUUUCCAGUCAUUACUUCUUCCUGUGCUGUACCUUCUUCCCAAGAUGUGCGUUGGAGAUUUUACCUCCCAGAAGUUCAGGAGUGGCUGUGGGGAGUUUUGUUUGGUAGGCAUGGGAGUCCAGGAGGUAAGGGAUAAAUAUUUUGAUGUCUAAGGGCUAUAAACUAUUGAUGCGUAACUUUUCUUUUUAGUUAAACCUGUGCGACACCUUUUAUUGAAAAGCUGACGCCCACACUUGCGCAGGAAAGACACUCUUGGGAAGGAACAGAAAUGAAUAAUUAUCAGACUCUCUGGGGUGCCAAGGGGAUUAGUUCAUUCCAGCUUGGGAAUUGAAUUUAAAAUGCAAAGCAUCAGUGGUUCUGCUAGGGUGAAAAGCAAACCACUUCAGUAGUUUAAGACAUACCUUAGGAGACGGAGAUCCUACAAACUUCCUUACAGAUGACGGCCACCUGCAGACCCCUGCGCGGCAUCGGUGAGCCGUGUCACUGCACGCAGAACUUCUAUCUCCAGAAUGGGAGAAGCAGCCCCGAGUUCUCUCCAAAGUCGCUUCCUAGUUGCCCAGAAAGAGGUUAAUGGUCCUUAGUUCUGAGGGAAUUCUGCCAUUUUUAACACUCAAGGGGAAAAGGAAUAUCCACCUUACCGAAGAAUAUAACCUAAGGAAAGAAACCUCCAAUGGAUUGAACCCAGUGUUACUUGCAAAUGCUUUCUUUGUCUGCAAAUGUCACCUGAUUGAUUUUGAAUGGGAACUGCAAAAGUCUCUCCAAAGAAAAGUUUAAAAGACCCCCUUUACCCAAACCUCCACUCCCCAGUGCAUUAGCAGCUUUAUUCUUGGUGAUGUUUUCCUCUACAUUCUUUAGAGUAAUUUUGUUACUUGACAACUAGACUUAAAACUGCAGUAGACUCUUUUUAAAAAUCUAAUCUUUGAAAAUGACAUAAAUUCUUUUAUGCCUUAAAGGCUGUUUUUAUUCACCUCUCCCACAACUCCCUCCACCUCACUUUCUUGCUUUUUUUUUUUCUUUUAAUCUCUUCUUUUAACACAAUUCCUUGGGUAGAUUUUGAGUAUUCUCUAAAGAACUCACACAGAACAACUUAGGCUUCCCCUUUUCCCCAAUACUGACUAAUAAUUCCUUCUUCUGCUUGGUCUUGGUGAAGGCUUGGUGCCCAAACAGCAGUGGACGUGAAUUCACAUCUCCAGGGAGUGACUGGUCAAAGCUGCUAAUCAAAACAGAACCUAUGAGAUUAUGAGCAAGGACAGACCAGGAGAUGCUUCUGCUCAGGGCACAGCUGGGGACUCUAUUUCAAAGACAAGCAGGUCCUGCCUCUUUGUUUCUUUAGAUCUGCAUCUAAUCCUGUAGCCAGAGAACUGUCUUAUGAAUUCUGCUUCAUCAAUGUGCACGAUUUCUGGCACCACCGCACAUCUUGCAGGUCAAGCAGGACCACAUUUCCAUUAUUUUGCUCUGGUGACUUACUCUAGUGGGGAGACAGGGAACAUUCUUUUGAAAGCUAAUCACCUGUGAGAAGCUUGAGGAAAAGUUGGCCAUGUGCACAGGGAGGUUCUGCUGCACCUUAAUAAAAAGAACAAAAUAGAUCCUUCCCUGGAGAUUCUCAUGUGAGAACGUGGCUGGAAGGAUGAUAUCAAAACUGGUUUUCUUCUGGCCAUUAUCUUGGCCCUGCAGGGAAGAUUCUGGGCAGGAGUGCUGGUGGGAGGAGCACCAUUUCUAAGAUCGAAACAUUUUGGGAUGAAAUCCGCCUUUAAGAUCAAUGUAAAGGGGGAAGUGCCAGUGAGUAUGGGGCCAGUUUUAGACUGCUUGCCCAACAGCACCAAGAUUGACAGAUGACUUCCACAGAACAGCAGAAAAUGGACGUAAAGGCUUUGUAAGAUGGGAGUUUCAUGCACCUUGGAGAGUUAUUUACAAUCUUGAAGAGCCCCAACCAUUCUUACUUCAGAGUCUCCCUUCUCCAACUACAUCAAGCACCAAAAGGCACCAACAACAUACACCUAAUAAAAUUUCAAAGUCAUCAUAUGACUUGCACAGAAUUGCAGUUAACUGGUUGACAGUGUUAAGUGUUGUAGAUGGAUUCUUUGUGAUAUACAAUAUUCUUUUCAUAUUUUGGAGCCAAUGGUUGAGGAGUUUCAUUGAUUUAACAGCUUGUUUUCUUGCUGUUGUUGUUUCCAAACCUUAAACAUUUGCGGAAGCCUUAGAAAGGCUCUUAAACCCAGGCCUUUUUGCCUCAAGUGCAGAGUGAUAGAAACCACCCGGCUGACAUGAAUGGCGAGGAGACUGUAGACUGUUACGUAAAUCCAGUUGGACUGGAGAUACUAAUACGUAAAACAAUGAAGACACUGAAGACUCUGCUGCAGCUGUCUGCAAUGUGAUAACCUUUUAAAUUUCAAUAAUUUGGAUCAAAGGAAAUAAGUAGGCUGUUUACCCGUGGCUUUGCCAUGUUAGCACACACGCAGCUAUGGAAUGUGGAAUUCUAAGCUGGGUUGAUAGGGAAGAACACACAGAUCUGUUUUGUGUGAUCGUAUUUAAAUACAAUCCUCCCCAAAUUCUAUAACAAUGUAUUCAAGAGCUUUACGCUUUAAAAAAAAUCUAAAACCAGAGAUGCUCAUUAGAUCAUUAUUUCUCCUGCGGUUGGGGAAGUGAUUUUGUGACAUAACUUUGAAGAAAUACUUAUACUUGCCAUUAAAUACACGUGUCUGGUAGUUGCUCUGCUCCGCAAACUGAUGGUGGCCUUCUCCCAUUCUGCAGAGGAAGUUGGCCUGGCCUCUCCCUAAAAUAGCACAGGUACCAUGAAGAGACCUUUUGAAGCUCUGGGUUAUUCCCCUAUUCAUGCAUAAUUCCAAGAAUAUGAUUUGAAUUGAGCAGUGCCCUGAUCUUUGAUUAUGCCACCCCUAAAUCAAUUUGAAAUACAUACAUAAUAUAUAUAAAUAUAAAUAUAAAUAUAAAUAUAAAUAUAUUAUAUAUAUAUAAAAUUUCCAGGAUUUUUUAUUGACCACCAUCAACUGCAUUUAGUGUGUUUGCAUUGGGAGCUGCCAGUUGACUCUCUGGCAGCUUUGAACAGUUCCUGUUUCCCAUACAGCAGAAGACCCGCACACCAGCUGCAGAAAUUUGGAGUAUGUGACCAGGUUCUUUUUCACAUCAACAGGCCCCCUGUUUAUAGCAAGGAAACCUUAAAGAGAAUGGGGGCAGGGGGUAGGGAGGGAUGAUGCAUUCCGUGUUUGAACACUGGAGGCUUAGUCUUUUCCAUUGUAAUGCAACUCUCUUCUCCAGUCACCAUGAAGAGAAGCAUUAGCCUCUUCAGUGAAUAUUGGCAGCCCCCAAUGGAGGUAGUUGGGCUUCUAUUUGCUUAAACUCACAGGUAGGCAAUUUGAAGGCUCUCUGGGGCCCUGAAUGGUUUGUCCACUACUACCUUUCCUCCACCAAUAGAAAACCACUAUCCUUACAAGGCCAUGUUUGAGGAGACCAGGGCUUGGCUAGGGAAAGAAGUUCACAUUGCAGAGAGCUGAAUAAUGUUAGGCUCUUGACUUUGCACCGUAAGUCUCAGUCAUGCUUGGCACAGAAGCAGCUAGUCUGCUGAAAAGCCAAGCCAGCACAAAUGUUUUGAAACUAAUUCCACUAAAACUCUUGUGUCGUUAAACUAUACUACUGUAGUUCCAAUUAAUCCAACUAUUUAAUAUCAUUAGCCACUAAAUUAAAUAGCUGUACCCAAAACUUUAGAAAAGAUCAAUAUUGUAACAAAAUUACAUAUUAGCAGUAAAAAGUACCUGAGAAAAGAAAAUAUUGAUCUAUUGUGGUUUAUAUACUUGAGUUAUUUUUAGGACUUUGUGGAUCUGGCAUUGCUCUGAGAAAGGGGAAGAAGAUGUUUUGAAUUCAAGAAUACUUGGAUUUAAGAGAAAUUGCCCAUUUCUCUGGGCUUCUGCUCAUCUGUCUCACCUUAGCAGACAGGGUUGUCUGAAGGCUAAAAUGAGCUAAAGGGAGAAGGUGUCCCAUACAGCUAAUAUAUAUGCAAUUACCAUAGUGACCCGGGCUUUAAUUGUGAGCCCUUUCUCCUUAUGCUUUCUCCUUGUAGCUGGUAUUACUGAGAGUCCAUUCUGGGAUUAGAAAAGAAAAGAAAAAAUGAUAAGAAAGUAACAAUCAGCAUUUUGCAUGCACACAAGCUUUUUCUAAUAUAUAGGGACUGAUCUGCAGAGCCCAUGGCCAAGGCCCCCAUGUGUCUCCACUUCUCUGCCUCCAAAAGGUUUAGAGUUAACCUAGCCGAGGGACAGAGCUUCAGCUUUUGGCUUAAUGCAGGGAAGAGAUUACCAGUCCCCAGGUUGGAAGAGACCAAUCAAAGUGUAAAGUUGACAGAUUGAAGGUCACAGGAAGCAAAGAGCCACAUCGAACUUCAAACCUCAUUGAUGAGCUACUGUCUAUUAGCAUUUGUCCUAGGGAGAAAGAAGAAAAAUCGCACAAUGUAAAUUAAAUGGAAGACUAGUAGGAUCUUCCAUUCCCUCCUCCCAGUAGGGUGUGAAAGGGGGAAGUCUCAUGAAAAAAAAAAAAAAAACUGGUUCACAGUUUUACAAACACUAACAAACGUGACUAUAAAAAGCACAUUUCAUAACACAAAGGUCUACAUAGAGGGUAGAAAUCUUUAUAGCUUCCUUAAAUGAGCAGUUAAACCAGCAGUCUGAAUUCUCUUAGUCCCCUAAGAGUGGUUAAUUAAAUAAGUAUUUUCCUUAUCCAUUGCCCACAACCGUGUUUUUUUUUUUUUUUUUUUUUCUCUAUGCACCCUAGAAAAACUCCCAGGAUGAGACUUAGGAGGACUCAGGCAAGUUACAUGGUAAAAUCAGAGUGCCUUUUCUGUUGGAUGUUCACUUUGGUUCCCUGGUUUCCCAGGGCAUAUGAUGUUUAGAAACUUUUUUCUCUAAACAUAAGAAUUAUUGUGCACCACAAUCUUGAACCAACGAUUUCCAUAUCUUACGCAGCUAUCAACUUGCCAAUUCCCUCUGGGUCUCCUUUAUAUUUUCUUACAGUGUUUCUUUCUGUUUUGGCUUGUUGUCAAAAAGAGUUGGGGGGCAUGAUUCUUUUUAAAUUGAUAGAAGUGAAAUUGUACAGAUUUUUGCCCCCUUGUAUCUGUGAGCAUGAUCUCUAUCAGGCUUGAAAAUCUGCUUUAUCAUUUUGUAUAUUUGACUAUUUUGUAUUCAGCAUUACUUGAUUCCUUAUGUGCAUGGCAAUGUAUUAAAAUGUGGGAUUUCUA